UACAGUUUAACUCGGUGAUAAGUCGUGUCUUACCGUGACUUCGGUACCAAGAUUACAUACAAUAAUAGGGACAUUUACAAACAGAUGUACAAAGUGACAUCAGGUCUUAAUUAAUCAGUUUAUUUAUUUUAGACUGUGGUACCUUCCUAAGCGGAUAUAAAACUCUGGCAGACGACCGUGAGAUGACACUAUAAACUGGAAGGGCAUGCUCAUACGUCAUAAGGUCUAAAUAUAGCUAUAAAUCUGUAGCAAGAGGAGGGGCAUAAUCGCUCUAGUAUCUGACAGGCAAUCGAUUGAUCUUCUCUUGAUAUGAGAGAUGAAAACAACAACAGUACGUGCUGUACGUAGGAAAUAGGAAUAACACAGUAUCAGACGUAGGCGAGAAAACAUUAAACAGUGUUAUUCAAUUGUGCUACUUUAAUAGAGACGAACAGUUCACAAACGGUUUAUAUCAGCUAGGGAGCUUCAGAGACAGUCGGAAAGGAUUUGUGUGUGAAACAGUGUUAAAUAAAUACAGCAAAAUGCACGUGGAAGUGAAUGUGGCAUUAAAUUUUGUUAUAUCUUAUUUGUACAAUAAACUACCUAGGAGAAGAGUGGAUUUAUUUGGUACAGAACUUGAAAAAGGACUUAAAAAGAAGUUUGAAGGACACUGGUACCCGGAUCAGCCAGUGAAAGGAUCUGGUUUCCGGUGUGUACGAGUAAAUGGAGAGAAAAUAGACCCAGUGAUUAUACAGGCAGCCAGUUCAGUGGGACUGAAUCUGGACGAAAUGCAGGAUUACUUACCAAAAGAAUUGACACUUUGGAUUGAUCCAAAUGAGGUAUCAUACAGGAUAGGUGAGAAAGGACAGGUAAAGAUUUUGUACAGUGAUAAAACAUUCGAGGAGAAUAACGAGAACGAAGACCGUGAAGUGCAGGCCACUAAUCGCGGAUUCAAUCCCGAGGCUCAAGCAUUUAAUCCAGACGCUGAGUCGUUUGAGCCAAUUGAUAGACUUUCCGCAUCCCUUGGGACUCUUAAUCUGUCUCAACACUCGGGUGGAUUGUCACCUUCAGAUAUCUCACCUAUAUCGUCAUCCUCGUGGGGUGGCAGCCAGUCAACAUCUCCUUCCGGUGGCGCGCCAUUUCCGUCGUUAAGUAGGGCAACUUCUCCACCACCUGUGGCAUAUACACCGAAGCGCCAAGGUGCCCAAAUGUUCACCACGGCAACAUUUGCACAAACAAAAUUCGGAUCUACAAAGCUGAAGUCGAAUGCCAAGCGUCCAACUCGGCUUUCGCCAACAGAAUUCGGGAACUUUUUCCGGCAAAAGGUCGUUCCAAAUAACUUGCAGUAUCCCGGAUUAACGACCCCGCCUCGUUCUCGGUCUUUGUCACCACGUGACCCUAGAGUAGAAUUUCUCAUUGACCAGCAGCAACGUUUCUUACAGAAUCAGCAUCAGCAGCAACUUCAGCAACAGUUUCAACAGCAACAACAAAUGUUGCAUCAACAACAACUCAACUACCAACUGCAGCAACAACAGCAGCAACAGCAGUUUCAGCAGCAACAACAAAAUCGUCUGGGCAUUCCAUCUGAGCACCAUUACAUGGGCAGUUCUACUCAGCAUGUGUCUGGGUCGCUUCACGAAAUGUUCUCUGGCCCCUCGCCACUCCAGUCCCCUGUUCAGUCUCAGAUGUCCCCUAGCAGUCAGUCAGUGCUUCCAUCCAUCCAAUCUCAGCUAUUUCAAGGUAUGAAUGGUCAGCAGUCUCCCAGUCAGUCACCUAUGAAUGUAACAAGUCAGUCAUCCGUGAAUUCCCUCCAGAUUUCGCCGGAAAAUCAGAAAGCAUUAUUUGACGGGUUGGGUCUAAAUAAUGGACCUUACUCGUCAUCGAGUCAAUAUCACCAUCUCUUACUUGCCAGUUAAUUAGACUAGAUGGAACUUGAGACAGAUCUCUAUGGUAUGUGUUGUCUUGGUUGUUUGUGGGAGCCUAAGAAAAGUUUGUUUUUCCAUGAAACUUGCGUCCAAUUUUAUUUUUGUUAGAAAAACAUUUUCUUGGACAAUAACUGGUGGCUAUGUACUCUUCGAUACAAUAUUGUGGAAUGCGUUAUCCUGCUACGCCACCUGGUGGUGACGUUAAUGAUUGUAGACAUUUUCUGUGGAAUUUGUACAUUUGUUAAUCAUACAAUAUAUAUUUAUUAUGGAAUUAGAUCAUUAGUGUAGAUUCUCAUAUAUCUAGGUUUUUAUUGAGUUUUUUAUAUAUAUAUUUCUGUUACAAUUCAUAUCAUUUUGUUAUUUCUUUUUAAGUUGUUGCCUUUUGAUUUAUAAACUUGCUGGGUUAACAGCUCAGUACAUGUAGACAUUGUUAGAAGUUUUUCAUUACAUUAUGUAGCUUUUAUACUAUUAACAGAAACGUUAUUUAUUGUAUUUAAAUAGAUUUAAUUGUAAAUAAUCUAUGGAAUUACUACUUUUGGUCAGAUAAAUUAUAAAAUACAUUUGCAUUUAUUAUAUCCUUGGACGGUUUCCAAAGAGAUACUGGCUGGGUCAUAAUAAUAGAAAUUACUUGAGUUAUAUAGGUACUGCGCAAUAUCAGAUGAAUAUAACAGAAACUGUAUCUAUAUAUAACAAUUUGGCUGUGCACCUUGAUGAGAAAAAUGUGCAACAUUUAACAUUCUGUACGUCUGUACAAUAGUAAGAUAUCAAAAUCGAUCCAAUAUGGUCGAUGUUAUCACGACAGUGCACUGUCACUGGCACUUAACCUUUAGCCUGCUCAAUUUCUAAAAUGGACUGGUCUAUCAUUCAGUUUGGGCAUUACCACUUAUUAUUCGAAGAGGUGUUCACUGAAAUUUUACUGACUGAACAGCCAACAAUGCAGACCAUGAUCAAUCACGGAUGUGCAGGCUUAUCUUGGUCUGCACUGGUCGUAUAGGCAGAAUUACUUGCCGCUAUCAGGCUAAAGGUUAACUAUACUUUCAGUUAGCGCACUUGACUUUUUUUUGCUAUAGGGCAGAGAAAUCAGAUAACAUUUAAUAUUCAAUAAAAUAAGUAAAUAAUGAAAAUAUAUAUCACAAAUUUUAAUAAUUACAUUUUCAGAACGAAGCAUGUAGAAAAGAAAUAAGUAAAACAAGUUACUCGUGCAUGUUGUACUUCGUUUGCAUUUGGGUACAAUGUUUUUGCAUUUCGUUAUGCUAAUUAUAUAAAUGAUUAAAAGGUUGUGACGUUUUCAGCAUUAUACUUGUUUUGUAGGCAUAUUUUACCAUCUGUCGUUGAAUAUAACCGCGUGAAUCACGUGCAGCGUAUUUUUUAUCAGUCAGCUUCCCAGUAUCGUGUUUUCCAUACACCAUUUACAUUAACGUAACUUUUGUUUAUUAAAGAUACGUGGAUAUAUUCGUGCAAUUAGGACCGAGUUAUUUUUCACCUUUUUAACGUUAUUUUCAUAUACAUGUAUUACAUUAUUACACAUGAGCGUGGUUUACGUAUCAGAACAUAGAAUACAUCGUCAUGUAUAUAUAUUCAUUAAAAGGCUAUGUAUUUUUAUUAAAGUCAUCUCUGAAUUCGUAUCAAUCAGCCAAAACGUUUUUCAUUAAUGUCACAUUUUGUACGCUUGUGUAACAUAUGUGGAGUAUUUUUAAAUUUCAUACAUGCAUGUAUUGCCAGAUAGCUAUAACAGAAUUUUACAUAAAGUGUAUAUAGUCGUUUUAUUAUAUAGUGUAGAUGUUUGGUGAAGGCUAUAUAUAUAUUUGUACUUAUAUAAGAUAUAAUAGUCAUGUAUUUAUAUAUUGGUUAUUUAUGAUGCGACUAAAUGUAUAUAUGAUAAUUUAUUUUCAUAUUGUUAAAAUCUGUUCUGUUUGUUUUUCCAGUUAUUUAUAAGAAUACACUUUUGCUCUAGUUUUAAGACUGACCUGCCCUUAUCAGGGUUGCAAACAUCUGGUUUUCAGGCUUUUGUGUACUUUUUCCGGGGGCAUUAUUGGAUUUAGAGCGGUAUUCAUGGUUUUAAGUUUGUAGAUGCCCUAACCGAAGUUGUCCUACCUCGAACUGGACUUUGGUGUGGGUGUCCCAACUGGGGUGGUGUUAAUCUUGUCUUUCCAAUAGAUUUUCAGUCUUUCCAGUUUGACAGAAGUAAAUUUAGAUAAUAUAUACAUAUUUGUUUGUUUAACUUUACUUGCCUGGUUUGUGUAGAAAUAAUAUGAUCAUACGGUACUUGCUGGGUAAUACAUAUUUAAUAAAGGGGUAGAACUUUUCAAAUUAAAUUUUACACUACACAGUUUCACACCUUAAUACAGGCUAACCUUAAUUCAUUGCGUAUCUGAUACUAUACCUUUGCCACCACCAUUCAAACGUAUAUUAUUUCACCGUAGAAGGCGUCGAACGUAUCAUAUUUUCUGACAGCAUUUUCGUGAGUUUUAGCUGUCAGACCGAAACAAAAAAAUAGUCUUGCAUUGCUUCAAUUUUGUGUUUAAAUGAAAAAUUUAGUCAGAAAGUUUUAAAAACCGUUGCAGGCAUUUUAAAACGGGUGUUCUUCCCAAGGUUAGAUAGGUGCUUGUACAAAGGAAGUCAAUUAACAUCAUGGUAUAUAUUUACAAGGAGAUAUAUGACUUUCGCAUCUAACAAAAGACACCAUAUGGUGCUUGUUGGAAAGCAACAGGUCGAGAUUUAACGUAUAUGUGAAAUCGUUAGCGGGAUAAAUCUCGCUAGCUAAGCAUCUUCUAUCGCCUACGUCCCAAAUUACAAAUAAUUGGAAAUAUUGAUCAGCGACACAACAGCAGCUUGUAAAACUGCGCGAGAGCUUUAUUCGAAAAAAAAAAACAUUUAAUGAAAAAAGAUCGUAAAAAAUAUUAAUAUAUUUGACAUUUCACACUUUAUUAAUUUAGAUAGUAUGGCACAUUGGUAAUGUUACCACGUAUAUUGCAGGUGCGCGUGUAGGCGUGAUAUGUUAAAUAUUCCACCUUAAAUAUACAUUUGAAAUGUCACUGUAAUGUGUAGGCCUUAAAUGUCGGCCAUAUAUCCUUAGAGACUUUGGUAUAAAGAUGUUUUAACAUGCAUGUAUAUCUGGCUCAAAACUCACAGCUGUCUAAACUAAGAUUUGGCAUCAAGGGCUUAUGAACACAGCGGAAUUUUCUCUCACAAUUUGCCACUUUUUGACACUGAGCGGUCUGUAAUAGUUAAUUGAGGUAACUGGCACUUACUAGAAAAAGUGGUCUUCGCCUGAGUUGGGGAAACAGCCUGUCUUAUUUUUGUUAUUUUUCAAUAUUUUAUAAUGUUUGUACUGUCAUGUAGUAGGUAUAAGAAACAUAGUACACAUAUUUAAUAAGAACAGUUGUAAAAAUAUGAUUAUUUGUUAAGAGUUGAAAAUACUUUUGUCGCAUAUUCAGUUUUGCUAAUUUUAUAUUCAGCCCGAUUUUACGAAGUAUCAAGUUUGGGUUUUUUUCUGCUAAAAAUAGAAUUACUUACUUUUUCAAAUAUAUAGAUCUUAUUACGGGGGUAGGUACUAUUUUUAAUAACAAAUUUGAACAUUUGUAUUAAAAACACGAAUUUUAAGUUGUUUCCGCAGUAGAUAGUAUGUGUUUUAUAUCUCGCCGCAGUAAAAGCACUGAAACUUCUCCUUAAUAAUUUCAUCUGUUUUAGAUUAGAAUAUAACAAUGUCAACAUUCCAUCUAGUUCGUGGGUUCAAAUCUCUUGGGGUCAUAUUUUUGGGGCAUAAUUAAUAUAUUUGUAGAAGUGGGAAAGAUUUGGUUUGUUUUAGUGAAGCUACAAGUUCUGUUAGGUGAUAAUAGUAUUGACCUUUUACAGUGAAAAUUGAGGCAUUAUU